AUGUCAAUAAUGCUAAAGAUUGUUGAAACACAAGUAAAGUCUGAUGAUUAUGAGGUAACAACCACCAACGAAAGUGCUUCAAGCGCCUCAAAAAACCAUCAAGAAGACACGCCAAUUGAUGAUGAAUCCGUAGAGAAGUCGAAAAAAAAGAAGAAGAAUGAUAAUAAUGGUUCACCGAAAAAGAAUAUGACAGAUACUGUUACUAAAGUUAAUCAAGAAUCGCUAAGCACAAAAGAAAAAACAAUGCCAAGUUCAUUAGCCGUCACGGAUGAUACCGAGAUUGAUAAACCGAACAAGGAAAGUACUAGUCCCAAAAAAAGCAAAAAGAAAAUAUCUAAAAAAACUCCCGCAACACCUGAGGCAGAAGAGAGAACUAAUGGGACAGAUCAAAAGAAGCGCAAAUCUAACAACGACGAUGAUGAAUCGUCUCAAGAUCAGAAAAAAAGCAGUCAAUUUAAUAAAAAAUCUGUUACUAAUGUUCCUCUGAAAAAACAAAAGAAACAAAAAUCGGGCACAAAAGAAGCAAAUAAAUUACAAAAAGUGGAGAAAAAUGACGAUAAUAAAAAAGAAACGACUGCUUUAGAUGUAACAAAGAAACGUAAAUUGGAAUUUGGCCUGGAAAUUCCUUCUGCCUCGGAAUCUGAUCAAAACUCUGCAGAAGAAUCUUCUACUACUCGGUACCUUAAAAAGCCAAAAUUAUCUGAAAAUCAAGUAGUCACAUAUGAUGUAUCUGAUGCCUCUAUUGAUACCGACAAAAAAUCUAAAAUAAACACCGUCAACGGUGCGUCAGAUAGCAAAAGGAGCCAAGACAAUGGUAAAAACGAAGAAUUUGACCUAAAAACAGCUAUACCAGCUACGAUUCGUGAACUAUUCACGAGCAAAAAGAAUAAAGAAUUAACACUCCAUCAAAUCGAAGAACUGACUAUCCAGAAUCUCAUGGCUGAUUCAAGGAACAAAUUAACCAAAAAACAAAUAAAGAAACAAUUCGCCAAGACUGUCAUUUUGGUUAAGAAUGAUGAUAACCCGAAUAUUUUCCUCAA